AGCUACUGGCGGGGGAACACGGCGCGGCAGAACGAGCAUCGCCUGCGGAACGUGGACCCGCAGAGCUCCUGCUGCAGCCUGGGGGCCCUGGCUGUCCAGCUCUACCAGCAGCUCAUCCGUACCGCCGAGAAGUGCCUCAAACCCAUGAUUGGGCUUGUCCUCUUCCUGCCCUCCUGGCCACCGCCGGUCUUCUACAGCCCCUGCCUACACCUUGCCGUGCAGCAGCUGAGCUCCUUCCGUGCGGUGCUGGACCACCACGGGCUGGCCCCCAGCGUGGGGCACCAGGCCAUGCGCCAGCUCCUCUUCCUCGUCAGUGGUACCACCCUCAACUACCUGCUGCUGAGAAAGGACACGUGCUCCUGGAGCCGUGGCAUCCAGCUCCGGUACAACAUCAGCCAGCUGGAGCAGUGGCUGCGGUCAGAGGGGCUGCAGCAGAUCGGGGCCCGGGAGGUGCUGGAGCCCCUGGUCCAGGCUGCCCAGCUGCUGCAGGUGAAGAAGGUGACGGAGGAGGAUGCUGGAGCUCUCUGCAGCCUGUGCACCGUUCUGUCACCCCAGCAGGUUGUGAAGAUCCUCCGGGCUUACACUCCGGCUGUUGGGCUGGAGGAGCGCAUCAGCCCCAGCUUCAUCAGCAGCGUUGAGAAGCAGCUUCAGGACCAGUAUGGAGAGGGACCCAGCCAGCUCCUGGUGGACACCAGCCACCUCUUCCCUGUGCACCUGCCCUUCUCUGCUUCCCCACUGCACCUGGAUGAGCUCUGCAUCCCUGAUGCCCUCAACCUGGCCUUCCUUGUCCGUCUCUGA